ACUCCAAUGCAUACCGUCAAAAUAACUGGAACUUGAUAAACAAAAUUUGGAACAGAAAACGGUAUCAUGCGUCAUUGUGCAAGAAGUGAGUGUUUGGACAGGACUAAUUUUCCACUGGCGCGCUACGACAUCAAUAUCACCAAUGUUAAAACCUGGUAGAUUCAACAUGCUUCAUACCUCUAUAGAGGUCCUAGCUAAACAAAACAAACUCCGACCUCGGACCCAGCAGUCCCAGAGAAGAGAUGGACUCCCCGUCCUUCGGAAAAGGGAGCCACUGAAAGCCGUAAGGACUCCAUUUACCAACGAGGUAUUCUAUCCGUGGCCGGAAGAGGAGGAAUUACGACCAGAAACUCCUUUUGUGAAAACGAGGCUGCAGCGUCAGGUGCUAGGAAGCGGAGGGAGUCGCAGUAAUGUUCUCAGUGAGACAGCUGAUUUGUUCGGAUCUAAUGGCAUGUAUAAGCGAUCGAUCGGGUUCGAAUCCCCGACGUUGAUCCUCCGACGGGCCAACAGCCGUGAGAAGAAUCGAUGCGGUACCCCUUUACCUUUGGAUCAGCCACUGACCAAGCUGUGUUGGAAUAACGGACUAGAAGAAGAAUUCAGUGAUCUCAGUGAUAUUGAUGUACAGCCAGUCAAACACAGUGAAAGGUCUCGGCGUCCCAUCUCCAGCGGCAGAAAACGGGAUGUGAACGACAUCACGCUCUCCGAUUUAGAACUCGAUGACACUUUCCCGCCAAAAACACCGGAUGUAGUUAAUUUAACGCAAAAAGUGCUGAACCAUUACUUCCCGAAGAAAAUGAGCAGCACGCAACGCAUUUUUAGGUGGUUAGCUGACUGUGAGGAAAAGUCGUCAGGUUCGACAUUACCGGCACACUUACCAAAUAUAACAGUUACCAGUAGGCCGCACUUGCAAUCGCCGCAACUAGAGACGAUGUAAUAAAAACACGUUUAAUGUUUUGAAAAGUGUUUGUAGCUAUAUAAACCCUUAUGGGAUUCCGUAUCGGUAGUCUCAAAGGACGAAUGUUUAACGUUGACUCCUUCAUUUCGAUUUCGAUAAGAUACAACAGAAAAAAUAAAUCGAAGACAACAUGGGACAAUGUUGAACUAUUCAAGUUGUAUUAUCAGAAGGAGUAACAUUUGCCGCAUCAGUUCCAUUUUUGCACAUUGCCAUGAGGACCCUAAUUUGGUAUAUUGAGCCUUAACUUUGAUCUCUGCCUUAAUUCAAUGAGUAACAAUAAUGUAUUUAACAACAUAGCUUGCUAUCGGCUAUUUGGUUAUACAUGUAUAUGUGAUGUUGUCUGGUAACUUCAUAUUUCAUGUGACGCCAUAGCGAGUUGCUUGCUAAUUGGUCACAUGUUCAUGUAUUGAUGACUGAUAAUUUCGUAUUACAUGUUACUUGUUAGAUAUUCGGGCUAUAUUGCUUGUUAUGUACAACAAAUGUACAAAUAACACGUUUUCAUAAAGUAAGUUUAAGUUGAUUGUUUAUAUUUGUUUUAAUUUCGAUUUAUAUAAGCAAUCAAUUACGAGAUGCGUUUAUGCCCCCUUUUUGCAAAAAGACGUUAUGUGUGUGAGUUUUAAGAAGAAUUCUAGUUUUCGUUUCUGAGAAAUUAAUUGUUAUCGAUUGAUAUCAUUUGAAGUUUUUCAACAAUGAAUAUCUUUUACUUUCGAUUUUCGCAAAGAGUUCGUCAAAACCAUACAUGUAUUCUAGUGAACGUGUUUGUACAUUGUGUAUGAUAAAAUUGAUAAUAUCCAUAUCUUUAUAUUUUUUUCACCAUGGCUUUUGUUCUAAAAAAAAAACCCAAGCAAUUCUUAUAUAUUCCAUGCAGUGGUGAAUAGUUUAUUUUGCUGCUAUGCACAAGGAACAUAUAUAACUGUAUGCAUGAUUUUGUUAUGUGCUUUGUUAAUAAUAUAUACAUGUUAUAUGAAUGUAUAUAUAUACUUGUUGUUUUAUAUUCCAAGUCUAAACAACAAGCAUGGAUGACUUGUAGUGCUUUCAUUUAACACUACACAUCACUAAAGCUUUGUACAUUUCUUGAUUUGUUAUACUGUAUAAAUAACAAUUUAUUAUAUUAG